CAUCGAUGAGCCGACUCUAAAGGCGCUGCGAAAUCCCAUUAAGCGAUUCGUUUUAACUCGUUAUUUUAGUUACGUUACUAUAUCAACAGACAUGUCGCCUUCAUUAAAUCGUCAUGGACUUUUUAUGGAUGACGUUUUCAAGGUUCGGGUUGCGGCAGCUGCGGAUGAAGUGAGAAGCCUGCAUCACUGAUGCCGGAUGCUGAUCCCCUCUGGCUGUGCUCAGUCUGUGCUUGAGCACUAAGAUGAGUGGAACAGGAGAUCAGGCCGACAUACUGUCGGUGGGGAACAUGGUCCGGGACCGCUGGAGGGUGAUUAAGAAGAUCGGUGGCGGAGGUUUCGGAGAGAUCUACGAAGUCCAGGACCAGGCGAACCAGUGCAACGUGGCUCUUAAAGUGGAGUCGGCUCAGCAGCCCAAACAAGUCCUAAAGAUGGAGGUGGCUGUACUAAAGAGGCUCCAGGGUAAGGAACACGUCUGCCGCUUUGUUGGUUGUGGGCGAAAUGACCGAUUUAACUAUGUGGUGAUGGAGCUUCAGGGAAGGAACCUGGCUGACCUUCGGCGCACCAUGACUCACGGUACCUUUUCGGUGUCCACCACGCUCAGACUCGGCCGGCAGAUCCUGGAGGCCAUCGAGAGCAUCCACUCAGUGGGCUUCCUGCACAGAGACAUCAAACCAUCCAACUUCGCCAUGGGACGUCUGACGAGUACUUGCCGAACCUGCUACAUGCUCGAUUUCGGUUUAGCACGUCAGUUUACUAACUCCUGUCAAGAAGUCCGUCCUCCUCGUCCAGUGGCAGGAUUCAGAGGGACUGUGCGCUACGCCUCGAUCAAUGCUCACAAGAACAAGGAAAUGGGUCGGCAUGAUGACCUGUGGUCUCUCUUUUACAUGCUGGUGGAGUUUAUGGUGGGUCAGCUUCCCUGGAGAAAAGUCAAGGACAAAGAGCAAGUAGGAAACUUGAAGGAAACAUACGAACAUCGCCUCAUGCUUAAACACCUUCCUGCAGAGUUUAGCAUCUUUCUCGACCACAUCUCAGGCCUCGACUAUUACACUAAACCAGACUAUCAGCUCCUGAUGUCCGUGUUUGAGAACAGUAUGAAGACGUAUAACGUGAUGGAAAACGAUCCGUAUGACUGGGAGAGGAUCGACUCCGAGGACUCCCUAACGGUAGCGGCUCCGGCCGCCGCGGGCCAGCAGCUGACUCGUCUCACGCCAGCAUACUUGGGCAUGGCCAACGCCUCUGCAAUCCCGGGUGACAUGCAGCGUGAGAACACAGAGGACGUCCUUCAGGGCGAGCGGCUCAGCGAAGCAGACAAUUGCCCUCCGAUCCCGCCUCAGAGCGCUCAGGGAGCCGAUGUAUGGGAGGAGAUGGAACGCAGCCGAGACCGCAACCGCAAUCACGUCCAGCCGCAGAUUAGAAAGGUGGCCAGCGAAGAUGAAAGAAGUAAAGAGGGCAAUCAGAGCCCUAACAGCGGCUCCGCGCAGGGCUCACCGAGGCGAGUGCACUCCGAGACCUUACUCAUCGACCGCGUGGCUCCGUUAUUGAGGAGGAUGCGUCACAGCCACAGCAUGGGUCUGGACAAGAGGCUGACUCCCGAACCCAAACCUACUAUUGAACGCUUUCUCGAAGCCUACUUAGGAAAGCAGCGACCGGUCCUACCUCAGGAGAGAAUCGGGUGCCGUCCUGAACAGGGUUCUAUGGAGGAUGAAGAAGGGGCAGCCAGCAGCGGCUAUGUAGCAGUGAACCUCAGCCCCGUGCCACAGGAGGGCGACUCUCAGGAGUGGGUGCUGGUGGAGCUGGAAGGAGGCAGCGGAUCAGCGUGCUCCAAGCCCGAUGAGGAGGAACGCUCCACCAGCCCCCUGGCUCUGCCCCGCACCUGGUCCGACCCCCUGCCCCAGAGAGCCAGCAGCCUCGGCGGCCACGGAGAACUCCAUACUGCCCUGUGUCACACCGGCCCUCCGUUUACCCGCAUUUCAGGAUUGCAAGGUCUAACAGGGCUCUCUGGCAUAACGGGGCUGAGGAGGCUGCCAACUAUACAGCCAGCGACGAUGGUUCACAUCAACAGAAGAGAGCUAGAGCAGUUGUCCUGCAGUUUACCACAAUCCAUCCAUCUUCAGCAAAAGGGUGAAAGCGAUCCGGUUCUGGACUCUCCAAGACUCACUGCGGAAGAUGAGCCCAAUCAUCCCCAAGUGAGUUCCCCACCCAAAACCUCGACCCAGCCUCCUGCCACACUGACCGACCAGCUGAGUUUCGUCAAAUCCGCUGAGAAAGACGUAGAGAGCGACUCCGGUUGUCCUGACGUCGCUCCUUCUACAACCCCGAACCAGGGCGAGACUACCGUCGACACGGUCGAUGCAGGCCCCGCCUCCCCAGUCCCGGCCUCUCCUCGGGAUUUGUCCCCGCGGGCCAGCCGCAUUCCCGUGCGCGACCCGGACUCCCCCACCAGGAGGAGCUUUGCGCCGCUCUCACCGUCCCUCUCUUUAUCCUGUGAGCACUUUCCAUCAGCCCUGCUUCGUGACAGGUUCACCUUCCCCUCUGAGCGAGGUUCUCGCGCAUCUGACUUCCAGGCAGACGAUCCGCUCUCGCUUUCCUCUUCCUCGAGCCCGCUGUCCAGCAGGAGCAAGAUUCCGAGACCCAUAAGUCCAACACUGGUUCCGGACCAGUUCUCAGCUCGCUUCGUGCCACGCCCGCCUCCAGGAAAACCGCCCCUCCGCCCAGGGGGCGAGAACAGGCGCAGACGUUACCGCAUCCGCGCCAGCAGCACUAGCGAUACGGAUCUCCUCGACAACCUCACCCAGCUGAUGCAAGAGCGAGGAGGCGUGGCCGUAUCCCGCUACCAACGUACCACUUCCUCCAUCCAGCGCUCAUUAAGCUCCUCCCCUUCUCGUUACGAAGGAGGUCACAGCCAAGCCCCGGUCAGCGUCUUAGGCUGCCCACCGCCACGGAUGUGCGAAGUACGAUUCAAACGCGCGGCCGGGUAUGGUGCUGGAGGCAGAGCGGCAAGUCCUGAGAGCAAAACCACUACAAAGGUCAACAAAUAAGAGGAGAAAGGUGAAGAAGUGACUGUUCUGACGGACCACUAAUGAUUUUAUGGAUUUUAAAAGGUUACAAGCAGCUUUUAAAUUGGUAAUAAUGAAGGCGGGGGAGAGAAAGAAUAGACAUUGUCUAUUUCAGCAAAGUGAGAAAUAAAGUGUAGAGUAAAAUAAAAAUGAAAAAAAAAAAAGCCAACCUCGUUGGCAGAGAUUACUUGAACACAUUGUAUAUAAGCCGACAUUCCCAUACUGAUCUGUUUUUUUUUCUUUUGGCAUUCGAUUUUGCUUAUUAAUGAACCUUUUUAUUCAGUUUCUCGUGUAAUCCUCCUGUGGAAACGUUCAAACGUGCCACGGAUUGAUUAUCAUACAGUCUUCGUAAACAGUUUUUCCCUCAGCUCAAAUGCACUUUAACUUUUAUUAAAUUAGAUGCAAUUACAAAAAAAUUGCAGAAAUUAAGUUUUCAAUCAUCUGGGAGGUGUUCGGGGACUUUGUUGAAGUUUACUUCUUUGCUUGAUUGUGCGACAAAACUAAUGUUUCAGGCAAUUAAGGAAGGUUUACAGCUGACAGUUUAUAUGAUAAUAUCUCCAAAACUAAUUAAUCACACACUCGGUUAAUGUGCAAAUCACAUGGUUUAUAUUAUAUGAAUUACAUCACCAUACAUCCUGGCUUCAAGCCUUGAGCCACGCCAUUUACCCGAGUGAUGCCAAGCAAAUGUAUAUACUGAUCAAGCGGCUCUGUUUGAGACAAUAAACAUGUAACUGACACCAGAUACACUUUAUUGCGAAAAGUAUUCGUUCGCCUGCCUUCACAUGCAUAGGACCUUGAGUUCAUUCCCAGUCCAUAGGGUUUAAUAUGAUGUUGGCCCCGCCCCAAUUUUGCAGCUAUAACAGCUUUAACUCUUCUGUGAAGGCUUUCCACGAGGUUUAGGAGUGUGUUUAUGGGAAUUUUUUGAACGUUCUUUCAGAAGCGAGUUCAGACACAAUUGUCCAAAAUGUCUCGAUAUGCUGAAGCAUUAGGAGUUCCUUUCACUGGAAGUAAGUGGCCGAGCCUAUGUUUUUGUUUUAUUAUGUUUUCCAUAUGGUUAGCAGUGAAUAUGACAAAGUGCUCACAGUUAAAUGUUACUUAACUUGAUUUAUGAUAAAUAAAAAAAAAUUGCACAAACCUACUAAUAAACAAAUACCAAUAACAACAAAAAAAAAUAAUUACUGUAACUGAAAUUAAGCUUACCAAUUAAAUUCAUUCUGGAGGCGAGUUUUUAAUGUGAUAAUUGUUUUGCAACACAAGUUUUCCCAUAGGAAAUAAUAUAAAUAAAAUAAUGUACAGUGGAACCUUGAAUUACGAGUAUAAUUCAUUCCGGAAAUGGGCUCGUAUUCCUAAACACUCGUAAACCAAAUUAAAUUUCCCAUAAGAAGUAAUGGAAACUCAAAUCAUUCGUUCCACAGCCCAAAAAAAUAAAUACAUAAAAAUAAUUAAUACAAAAUAUAAAGUAAAAAAGAAAACAAAUUAACCUGCACUGUACCUUGAAAAAAAAGUAAAAACAAAUCCCGACAGAUAAGUGUUUCUGUUUGUGCGUGCAGGCGCUGUCUGUGUAUAUGAAUACACAGACUCUUUUUCCACUCUUUUCACACACACAACAGAAACACUGUUUAAUUGAAAAAAUAAACAAGAAAUCUCUCUAAUGACACUCGAUUGAGCGACACACUGAGGGAAUUACUGCUGUAAAGUAAAAAUAAAACUAAUUAACCCGCACUUUACCUUUGAAAAGAAUCGUAACAGAGCAGUGUUUCUGUGUAGAGCAGAGAGAAAAAGUGUGUGUUUGUGUGUCUGUGAAGGCGAAAGUAGAAGGGGGCUGUAUGUGUGGCACGGUGUCCAAUGACACGCGCACACACACAGAGCAGGCAAAGAGCAGACUGAGUCUUGAGCAAAGAGAGAAAACGGAUCUUUAACAUCUCUAAUGAGACUUGUUUUUGCUUUACACGCGCGCUGUACACACACGCAUAAAGACACAAAAUAAAAUAUCUUUUAUGCGAACACACGUGGUCACGGUGUUAUAGUAAACAGUACACCCGUGCACAGAUGUUGAUUAUACCGGUAAGACCCACCAGGGGAGACGAUUACCCACAACUCCGCAGAGAAACCGUUGGCUCAGUUGUGAUCAUGUGACGCUCGGCGUCAAAACAAGAAGCGCAUGCGUGAUACAUGAUACUCGGAAACCAAGACUUGCUCGUUUUUCAAAAUUUAUUAAAAAUCUUAAUUUGCAAAAUUCGCAAACCGCGUUACUCGCAAUCCGAGGUUUCAAUGUGCAUAUGUUCCAGCCGCCCAAAAAUAUUACCAACACUAUAAUCAUAUUUUUUUGCAUAUGAAAACAUUAAGAAAAGACGUGUAAAUGAAGUAAAAUAUUAAAUAAACAAACAUUAAACCUCACUUAACCUGUAAUUUAUUUUUUUUUUACACCGGCUGCUUUAAAAACCAAACUGAAAGCGGUUCUGUUUUCUUCUUGCUACCGUCCUUGAUAACAUUGGGAUCCGUGGUCUUGCACAAAAUGCAAAAAAAUAAAAAAUUUCAAAAUUAGUAUACUCGCUUUGCUUUAUUUGGCUUUUCACUGAUGCGAACUAGUUUUAAACGGCUGGUGGACAUGCGUGCGAUUUACCCAGUGUCUAAUUCAGUUCAGUCUGUUCUUUCGUAUGCCGAAAAGGCUUAAUAUGCUGUUGCAAUUUUUUUGCAAAAUUUUAAUUGUUAAGGCGAAAAUUCGUAAGAUAGGGUGUUCAUAUGCCGCAGUCUCGCUGUACUGUAUUUCAGACGUAGCUAUGAUCAGCAACGACGUGCGUCAGACCUGCGUUUUCACAGCCGUGUAUUAUUGACCAUUAUGUGCCAAUAUAUUUGUCAUAUUUACGUAUGUAGUCCGUCAUUUCCAUGUUAUUCAUCUCAAACCUGUGUCAGACGUGUACUUGAAAUCGACACCUGAUUUAUUAUUUUUUAAACCAUAUUGUAUGAAAAAAUUGUAUACACAUUUACAUGAACUUGUUUUACAUGGAUAUUGUCUGUAAUAUAUUUUUUAAUUUUUUUUUCAUUUGCUUAUCCAUGCUGUGUAUAUAUAUAUGUAAAAAAAGACAAGAAAACUGUAAGUAUAAUCACAUAUGUUACAGGCAAGCAUGUGUAUAUAUGUAUUUCAGGGAAUGUAUGUACUGUAAACUACACUAUCUAUCCUAGAAUGUAUUUAUUUAUUUAUUCGACGUGUUAAGAUGACAAUGUAGCCCAGCUGUUCCUCACUGAGGAAGUUAUCUUCAGCGCUUUUCAAAAAAAAAAAAAGACAUCAAUCGAAUGCCAGAUUAGCACUGUGGAAAGAACAAAGUGCUACAGAGCUCCUAUAAUAGUGUGAGCGAUUCACGAAUCAGUGUGGUAUCACCUUUAACCAUUUCAAUACAACAUCCUGUAUCUGUACAUCUUGCAUCAUUAACGCUUCGAUGAUGAGUCUUGCAUCGUUUUUGUUUUUAAUUUUUUGUACUGAAUUAUGUCUGGAAAGGGAAACAAGUGCUACAGAGGUGCAUGUCAGACGGCUUUAAUUAUUGAGAACUUCCAAUCAGGAUCGUUAAAAGCGCAAAACCGAACUUGUUAGCGUCUCCCGUUCAUCCCGCUGUAGCUGAGUGUACUGUGGAGUUAGGCUAGUGCUUCUGCUCGUGACCUCCGAAAGCACCUGUUUACUUUCACAUGCUUUACAUCGGUAGAGCCCUGCUAUAGUAAAUCAGCAUAGUACCUAGUACUUAAGCAAUGUACAGAACCUUAAAGUGUAUAUAAAUAUAAAUACAUAAAGCCUACAUCCUUCAUGUAAUGUAUUUUGCUAACAAACAUCAUUCAGUUUCAAAGAAAAGUCACUACAUCAGAAUGUACAUGUACUCAAAAUAAACAUAAUAAUAAUAAUAAUAAUAAACACUGACAUGCAAGAUAUCUAUCGCA